UUCCCCGCUCCGGCCAGACGAGGCGCAAGUGGGGCUGGGGAACCGGGCAGCCGAGCCCGGGACUGCUCCUAAGCUCUGAAGUCGGCCUCGUUGCUUGAUCCGGUGUCUGAAAUGCUCCAGAAAUCCCGACCUCUGCUCCAGGCUCCGGAUGUAGGCCAGCAAAUGGGAACACUGCUGAUGCAUCCGGUGCUGAAGGCUUUUGUAUGUGGUUCCAUCAGUGGGACCUGCUCUACGCUUCUAUUCCAGCCCCUAGACCUGAUCAAAACCCGGCUGCAAACCUUGCAGCCAUCCAUCAAUGGGUCACAUCGUGUGGGGAUGGUUGCUUUGCUCUUUAGAGUUGUUCGCACUGAAAGCCUCCUGGGGCUCUGGAAAGGGGCCUCUCCAUCCUUUGCAAGAUGCAUCCCUGGGGUUGGAAUUUACUUCAGCACCUUGUACAUGAUGAAGCAGAAGUUUUUCAUGGAUUGCUCCCCCACAGCUCUAGAGUCGGUCUUUCUGGGAGUAAGCUCUCGCACAGUAGCAGGGGUUUGCCUGCUUCCCAUAACCGUAGUAAAGACACGGUAUGAAAGUGGAAAGUAUGGCUACAGGAGUGUGUAUGGAGCCCUGAGGAAUAUCUAUCGAACAGAAGGAGCUCAUGGCUUGUACAGUGGGCUGACAGCAACACUCCUGCGGGAUGCACCUUUCUCGGGCAUCUACUUGAUGUUCUACACACAGACCAAAAAAAUCACUCCUCAGGAUCAGUUGGAUCCAGCCCUCAUCCCCUUAGUGAACUUCAGCUGCGGGAUCUUUGCAGGAAUCCUGGCUUCUUUGGCUACGCAACCUGCUGAUGUUAUCAAAACUCACAUGCAGUUGUCACCUGAAAAAUACCGCUGGACAGGCCAAGUCAUUGCCUUAAUAUACAAGGAUUAUGGAUUGGUUGGCUUCUUCCAUGGUGGCGUCCCACGUGCUCUGCGGCGUACUUUGAUGGCAGCAAUGGCAUGGACUAUAUAUGAACAGAUGAUGGAAAAAAUGGGUCUGAAAUCUUGAAUGACUCAUUGUGCAGGAGUUCAGCCUACCCCCUUUUUCUGGCUUACCAUGAUCAGCUAGCAAGACUGGUGAUUUCCCAGCUCCACAGCGGAUGAGAUUUGCUUAGUCAUGGAUGGGGGAGUGACGUGUGACUUCUGAUACAGGAGUGUAGAUUGAAAAUCUUUCCCAUCUGACACAGGUGCAAGUAGAGGAAAGAUGGAUUUGAUCUUUGUAUCCCUGAGUAAAUCAUUCCAGGAAGACUGUACUAUUACACUUCCUUGGGAGAUGGACAGUU